UUUUUUCUUUGACACCAUAUGAACAAGUAUCAGAUAACCUCGUUUAGUUGCGGAGAAGUCUUCACCUUUACUCCCUCGCCGGUAUAUUUCAACUCCUUAAUGCAAAUACAACUAUAACAGUUAGGUGUUGUAAGAGUGAUUGCGCUACUGAGACUGAUGCCAUGUCUGAUUUGGUGGACGCCAAAGGGAUAGCUGCACAUGGGCUGGGCAGUCCCUCAGUGCAAAGGUUUACGACAAAGAAUCCUGAAGUAGACGCUAAGCCUCCGGCUGACAUGUACACAUAUAAGAUGAACUACCCCAGCCUUGGACAGUGUGUCAUCAUCAACAACAAGAACUUUGACAAGCACACAGGAAUGAGCUUUCGCAAUGGAACAGACGUGGAUGCAGGACAUGCGAUUAAAGUGUUCUCGAGUUUGGGGUACAAAGUGAAGGUUGCCAAUGACCAGACUGUGCAACAGAUACAACAGCUGCUUUACAAAGUGUCUCAAGACGACCACAGCCAGUCGGCCUCCUUUGUGUGUGUGAUGCUGAGCCAUGGAGACGAGGGGGUGUUUUAUGGCACAGAUGGCAACGUAGAACUCAAAAAGCUCACUGGCCUCUUUAGGGGGGACCGCUGCAAAACGCUGGUGGGCAAGCCCAAACUCUUCUUCAUCCAGGCGUGCCGUGGCAGUGACCUGGAUGGUGGCAUAGAGACAGACGCCGUUGCUGAUGACUCUCCAGAGAGGAUUCCUGUUGAGGCAGACUUUCUCUACGCUUAUUCUACAGCCCCAGGCUACUACUCCUGGAGGAACACCCAGAAGGGCUCCUGGUUCAUGCAGGCCCUCUGUGAGAUGUUACAAAGGUACGGCAAACAGCUGGAGAUCAUGCAGAUCAUGACACGUGUCAACCACAUGGUGGCACUUGACUUCGAGUCUUUCUCCACCAUGCCCGGCUUUACUGCCAAAAAGCAGAUCCCUUGCAUUGUGUCUAUGUUGACCAAAGAUCUCUACUUUCCACAUUGAUUUGAUAUUGUUGUCUAGACAUUACUAUGACUUGAUUGUGUAUCCUGUGGCACCUUUUUAGGUAUGUGCACAAUGUUUACUGGACUUCUAAGUAGUGCUGAGCAAUUAAACAACAUUUCUAAGUGACCAAUUGACCAAUGUCGGUUCAAUAUUUGAAUUCCCUUUAUGCACAUUUUCUCUAGAGAUAAACCAGAUCAAGCCCGAACUGCAACGUAGGAGGGAGUUGUAGUUUCCAACAGGACAAUAUUCUACAUGGUUUAGUGCAGAAAACGUGGUAAUUAACUACCAUGACCAAAAUCCUACUUGAGACAGAAGAACGCGCAAUCGAGAGGGAUAGAGAGCAGUUACUUCGCGAGGUAUCUAUCUGAUAAUACAUUAUCUAAGUGACUGGUAUUCAGCAGCUACAAAAGUAUGCCUUAUUUACUUUGAAGAACUACUAAAAUUGUUAUUUUGUCAGACAGCAUAGGCAGAAGCUCUGUAGAGAGGAUGACUAAUAUAUAUAUUUUUAAUUGUCAUCAAAUAAAAAACUAAAAAGUAAUCAAAAUAAAACAUGUAAUAUACACAACUCAAAUAUUUUUUUAAAGUAAUGUGAAUAAAUGAUGGUUAAUAAGUGAUGAGCAGUUAUGGGCAGUCACUACCAUCAUGGGACUUUUAAUGAUUGUUUUAUUUUGUGUUACCGCAUUCAACCCACAUAAUGCAUUAAUGUAUUAUCGAAAACCGGGAUUAUUUUUUAAGAAUUGAAAUGAAACCGAACCGACCUCAAAAAGCACUAAUCGCUCAGCACUACUUCUAAGUGGAUACAAAUUGAAAUACUUGUAUUCUGUUUGGGUUAAGUCUCAAAGAGAAAGCUAAAGGUUUGAUUCGAUUUACCUUGGACUCGGAGGCCUAAAAGACAUGAUGUUGGACCAAAGAGAAUGCAUUUUUAAUGGGGGAAGGCAGGCAUUAAGCAACGAUUAUGCAAUAUGAAACACGCUUUCAGAUAGCAAUAAUGUAAUGAAUCAAUCACUCAGGCUUUAAAACUAUUGAAAAAUGUGCCGUAUCUUUUUAGAAAUGAUAACUGUCUUACCUGUGGGAUGGUUUGUUUUUUUCAUUUGCACAUUGUACAUUCAAAUAGCUUACUACAUGAAAUAUAAACUUGAAUAAACUAGCUUUUAUCCUUGA